CACUCCAAAUUCCAAUCAAAAAUACAUACAUUACCUACCCCAAAACCCAAUAAACUUUACAAAAAUGGCCCUUUCAAACUCUCUUCUCCCUACCAAAUCCUUUCAAAUUCAAUCCACAUCUUUCCCAACAACCACCACUAAAAACUUCAUCUCAGCCGUCCAUUCACCAGACCCAUCAUCAAAACCAUCAUCUCCGGCCAUCGGCGCCGCCACAACCAGCACACCAAAACUAACAUCUGUGCCAAAAAAACAAGAAUGGAGUGUAGAAUCUUGGAGGACAAAAAAGGCAUUACAAUUGCCAGAAUACCCAGAUCAAAAAGAGCUAGAUUCAGUGUUGCAGACCCUUGAUUCAUUCCCACCAAUUGUGUUUGCAGGUGAAGCAAGACACCUUGAAGAAAGACUUGCAGAAGCUGCCAUGGGGAAUGCAUUUCUUUUGCAAGGUGGUGAUUGUGCUGAAAGUUUUAAGGAGUUUAAUGCUAAUAAUAUUAGAGAUACUUUUAGAGUUAUUCUUCAAAUGGGUGCUGUUUUGAUGUUUGGUGGUCAAAUGCCUGUUAUCAAGGUAGGAAGAAUGGCUGGGCAAUUUGCCAAGCCCAGAUCAGACGGGUUCGAGGAGAAGGAUGGUGUAAAGCUACCAAGUUACAGAGGAGAUAACAUCAACGGUGAUGCCUUUGAUUUGAAAUCACGAACACCCGACCCUCAUAGAUUGAUCAGAGCAUACUGCCAAUCUGCAGCCACUCUUAAUCUUUUGAGGGCUUUUGCCACUGGAGGGUAUGCUGCUAUGCAGAGAGUUACUCAAUGGAAUCUUGAUUUCACCGAGCAUAGCGAAGCUGGUGAUAGGUAUAAAGAGCUUGCUAGCCGAGUUGAUGAGGCACUUGGGUUCAUGUCGGCUAUUGGCCUAACAACAGACCACCCUAUCAUGACCACCACCGAUUUCUGGACUUCACACGAGUGCUUGCACUUGCCAUAUGAGCAAUCUCUUACAAGAUUGGAUUCAACUUCAAGCUUAUACUAUGAUUGUUCGGCUCAUUUUCUAUGGGCUGGGGAGCGAACCCGUCAACUCGAUGGUGCACACGUUGAAUUCCUUAGAGGAAUUGCAAAUCCUCUUGGAAUUAAGGUAAGUGACAAGAUGGACCCAAAUGAGUUGGUCAAGCUCAUUGACAUCUUGAACCCCCAGAACAAGCCAGGAAGGAUUACAAUUAUUACAAGAAUGGGAGCUGAGAAUAUGAGGGUCAAACUUCCACAUCUUAUUAGAGCCGUUAGAAGGGCUGGACAAAUUGUCACGUGGGUCAGCGAUCCUAUGCAUGGAAACACCAUCAAGGCUCCAUCUGGACUCAAAACUCGCCCCUUUGAUGCAAUCAGGGCGGAAGUGAGAGCAUUCUUUGAUGUCCAUGAGCAAGAAGGAAGCCAUCCGGGAGGAGUUCACCUAGAAAUGACAGGUCAAAAUGUGACUGAAUGCAUCGGUGGAUCAAGAACGGUGACCUUUGAUGACCUUGGUUCACGCUACCACACUCACUGUGACCCUCGUCUUAAUGCAUCUCAGUCGUUGGAGCUUGCUUUCAUCAUAGCCGAGCGUCUAAGAAAGAGAAGAAUGGGUGUUCAACAAUCUUUGUCUCUUUGAGAAUCUAUGCCACCACUAGCUUAUUUAUGUUAUGAAAAUUAUUGCUUGUUUUGACCUUUUGUUUUUUUUGAAGUUAUGUUUUUUGAAUGGUGUAUGUGUAUACUUGAAGGUUGCUUUGAGAGUUUGGAAAUGAUGAGAAACAGAGAAAGUGAGAUCAAAAGUUAUGUAUGAAUAUAUAAUCCUCAAAACUAUCGUCUUUAAUUAAUUGUUAUUCACAUCAAUAAAUCAAAUAAUAAAUUCAAGUAAAGAUUCAUUUA